AUGACUAUGAAAAAAGGGAUUCAGUUGGACAACAGAUAUGUCGUGCUGUACAAUGCUCAACUGUUACGGCUCUUCCAAGGCCACUUGAAUGUCGAAAAGACAAACCAAUCAAGGGCUAUCAAGUAUUUAUUCAAAUACAUCAGCAAGGGCCAUGACCGCGUCAUCGCAGGGAUCUACCACAACGAUGAGCUCGGCAACUCACAACACGAUUUUGAUGAGAUCUCACAUUACCUUAAUUGUAGAUACAUCUCAGCCUGCGAAAGCACAUGGCGAAUAUUCUCAUUUGACAUUCACCACAGGUACCCCUCUGAUCAGCAAGUUAUUUUUUACACGGCCAAUGAUGAAAUGCCUUCACUAGUUAAAAGGCCCCGGGUGAAGGAGUCAAUGUUUCUCGGAUGGCUUGCUAAGAAUAAAGAAGACUCAUUCGCAAGGACCUUAACAUAUACCGAGUUCCCAUAG